AUGGACAAUCCACAAAAAGUGUCGAUAACAAUCUGCGGUGACGGAGGAUGUGGAAAAUCGAGCAUAACUCUCCGUCUGGUGCGCUCCCAGUGGACUUCCGAAUAUGACCCCACCAUCGAAGACUCAUACUCUCUGACGCGCCGAAUCGAUGGCCAGACCUAUUACCUCUCCCUCACCGACACGGCCGGGCAAGAAGAAUACCGAGGAAUGUGGGCGUCGUCGAACUUGCGGUCCGAUGCGUUUCUACUCGUCUACGACAUAACGAGUCCUUCCUCGCUCGAUGUCCUUCAGGAAUUCAACGACCUAAUAGAUAUUGAGGCGGAAACGAGACUGGAUGCCUGGGAACACAGAAGAGAUCCAAAGAGUAAAAAGAAAGGCAAUAGGGAAACUGGACCGGUACAACCUAUCAAAAUUGUGGCAGGAAAUAAAUGCGAUUUGCAAGAAUCGAGAGCGGUCUCUGCGCGAGAAGGGCUAGAAUGGGCGCGGAAGCGAGGAUGUGGAUUUAUGGAAACCAGUGCGCGGAAUACAGUGAACAUAGAAGAGACCUUUGCCCUAAUAGUAAGGAGGGUGGUAGAAGCGAGGAGGAUAGCAGCUGGCGGUGCGCCCAGUGGCACAGGUCUAGAUGGGAAUGUCGUGGGUGAGAAAGGGAGAAGGAGCAUGUUAAGUCUAGGAAGGCAUGGGAGUACAGAAGCGUUAGGAACAAGAAGAGCGGUGACCGCACCACUAAGUCCAUUACCUGGAGGGCCGGAAAAAUCACUGGAGACGGAAUCUGGGGAAGGCAAUCCGGGAAAACAAUCGAAGUUCAGAGCUGCUCUCCGGAAACUGGCAUGUUGGCGAUGA